UGUGUAUCUGCUGAGAUGCAAGUGGAAGAACAAACCAAAGGUCACCUCAGUGUCUCCAAACUCAUUGUAGGUGAUGUCAUCCGUGGUAUCAAGGGAGCAGAACAAGCCUCUGCUUGGUGCGAAGUUAAGGCUCUCUACCCUUUACCACGUAAUGGGACCCGCACCACUUACGACGGCUUCACAGAUACUCACAUGGUCGUGGAUGGAACAGUUCACCAGUACGGUGUGCGCGAGAAUGGAACAGUACGCAUAGGUCCCGUGUACACGCUUGCCACCGACUGUGAUGCAUCUGUGAAUUCAGCAGGCCAGGCCUUCACUCCUAUCAACAACGGGCUCUGUCCUUUUGAGCUGAGCUGGGGCGAGUACCUUACUCUGAUUGCCGCCAUUCGACGAGUCGCCAAUCGAACUGGAUACUUCUGGUUUGACUUGAGCGCCUACCACAACAAUGACAGCGCCAUGGUGCCGUAUUGGGGAAGGCAGCUACCUGCAAUAUGCCGCGGUUUUCUGCGAUGUGCUCGUGAGGACCAGUGCCAAGAGUUUGAGACCAUCAUGGAGCGGUUCGUGCACAAGUAUCUUAACAAAGAAUACUUGGAGAUCGUUAAACGCGUUUUCCCCAACAUGGGUGGUGAUGUAAACAAGGAGCAAAGUGGAACCAUUACAGAAGUGGCCCGUCCAGAAAAAAAGAAGAAUUACUUGGUGCUGUUUACUGCCGUGGGCGGCGCCGUGCUGGCACUCGCGAUCAUCAUGGCCGCGAUCUUGAUGUACCGCGGACGAAAGAUGAAGGAGAUGGCAGUAACCAAGCCAGAACCCAAGAUUACCAGCCAUACCCCCGCAUGA